ACGCGCGCUUUUUGCGCACAUCACCUUUAUGUGAUUUAGGCUAAAUGCUAAGGUAGCCUCUGCGUUGGCCUUACACACUGCAGGUACACAAUAGACGGAAGUCACUGCCACGGUUAACGAUUCAAAACCUUCGGUCUAUACACCCAGAGGGGAAGUGCCAUUAUCCUGCGACAGCGUGUUGUUAAACGUCAAACUUUGCUAUGGGCAAAAAGUCUCGCGAAGAGGAGUCCUCAUCCUCUGAUGAGGAAGAAUAUGUUGUGGAAAAGGUGCUGGACCGGAGAGUGGUAAAAGGCAGGGUUGAAUUCUACCUGAAGUGGAAAGGAUACUCUGAUAAGCACAACACAUGGGAGCCAGAGAAGAAUCUAGACUGUCCUGAACUUAUUGCAGAAUUCAUGAAGACCUACAAGAAAACUAGUAGUGGAAGCGCUACACCUAGCAGUGGGGGCAGCAAGCCAAACACGGCCUCAUCAGGACGCUCCAAAGAUUCCAGUAGCUCAAAGAAGAGGAACUCAGAUGAUGAUGAGGAUGAGGGUGCAAGUAAGCCCAAAAAGAAGAAAGAAGAUGAAAUUCUUGUUGCACGUGGCUUUGAGAGAGGACUUGAGCCAGAGAAGAUCAUCGGAGCAACCGACUCGUGUGGAGAUCUAAUGUUCCUUAUGAAAUGGAAAGAUUCUGAUGAGGCAGAUCUUGUGCUUGCAAAGGAGGCCAAUCAUAAGUGCCCUCAGAUUGUCAUAGCCUUCUAUGAGGAACGUCUCACCUGGCACGAAGACAGUGACAAGAAGGAGAAAGAUGCUGUCAGUGCGUGAGUGCAUCACCUCAGGAGGAAACUCCAUUGCAGGGAAAACCUUGAGUCAGACAUUUUUUUUCUUCUCUCUGUUUCUCUCUCUCUUUUUUUUUUUUCUACACCCAAAACUAUCAUCCCUCACCUCUGCCAUGUCUAAAAAUGACACAAAAAAUGUGGACAUGGUUUGUGUUUUUUUUUCUCCUCCAUUCAUUCCUUAUUGGAGCACAGUGGCCUAGACGCCUGAGAAGGAUCCAUCAAAUAAAGAAGCCGUAAUGGCAGUGGGUGAUAUGCUACUGGGGAAUGUUUCUACUGUUUUUUUUUUUUUUUUUUUUCUUUUCUUUGUAUUAUUGACCUUUUGAACAUCUUAACAGACAUAUUUUAGUGCUUACAGGAUAUUAUAUCGGAAAGGAAUUUACAAAAAAUUAAAUUAGGUCUGUUCUGUUAAAAUUCAGUGUUAAGUCGGAUUCAGUACAAGCUGUUUUAACUGUUAAACUCCCAUCCUAAAAUCGUUACGAACGUUGCACCCUAUUCCUACUAUAGCACAGAGGCUAAGGCAACAGUAUUGAUAUCCAGGAAGCAACCACCACAGCAUUCUCCUGAUUGCGUAAUCGCUUCCUUUUUAAAAAGUUUUUAUCUUCUAGAUUCCCCCCCCCUCACUUUAUGUCUGUCAGGAUAUCUGUAAAAUUCAAAAUCUUACAGAAGACAAGAUGGCUAUUUUUACAUUAUGUAGUGAUGUUUUUUUUUUUUUUUCUUUUUUUGUAAUGUUUGUUUCUAACUUUGAAUGUGAUGUUUUUAAUUUCUUUACACAAUCACCAGUUAAAGGAAAGGACAAUAAAAUAUGCUUUGCUCAUCUUUGUACUUUUUCAUUUUAACUGAAGUGUUUGAAGUGUUACAAUUUUCAUGGGUUUGACAAUCUUCAUUGUAUCCACAUGUGAUGAAGCCAGCAUUCACAGCAGUUAUUGGGACUUGCCACCUUGUGGUGGCAAACGGUAAACCACCUUGACUCUAACCAGUCUUAAAGCCCUGUUUCCAUUGAGGAUUCGGUACAAGCCAGUACAGUUCAGAAGUUUUAGAAUGGUCCCGCCAAUCCAGACAAGAGUUCUCACUGCAAGUCGGACCGCCACUGGGCAUGCGGGGCUUAGACCAAAUUCCUAGCAUGGCGUCAUACUAGUGUGAUGCCAACAGACGUGACGCUACAAGCAACAAUGGCCAAUCAAUGGGUUUUAUUGUUAGAUGCUAGUAGCUCCGCCUUAACCAAACUGUAGCAACUGUAACAGAAGGUGGUACAUACAUGGUGCGGUAUGGUUCGGCUGUACAGGCCCCUUUUAUAACGGAAACGCACAAAAUGGCAUAACUGGCUGCUCAGUGGAAAUGGGGCUUUAGGCAGCCCUGCAGUUUUAGUUAUCAUUUCUUUGUGAGUUAACUUUUUGUAAAAGAAAUCAUUAAACAGAAAAAUCUACUUGCAUGCCAGAGCAUUUGUUCUCAAUAUUAAUGUUUCACCCAGGUUCUAAUUGAAUAAGUCAUCUUUUGUGAUCAUUUCAAAACUUACGGGACCCGCAGUCAAUUUUUAAAUGCAAAAUAAAUGUUAGUUUUGUAGUUUGACCUGUUGUGCUCCAGCAUGGACUAUUUGGACCAAAUCUUCAGUGUAUACAGACUGAUUCUUCAGCGUUUCAGCUGGGAGGGUGCUUUAUGAAUAAAGGCUGAUCUUCUCUCCUUAGAUGCAUACAGUCCAUAAAGUGUGCUCCUUGAUAUCAGUUAUAAUUUUGGUGUCAUUUCCUUUCAUUAAAAAUGCUUUCUCCCUUAUUUUUGCUAGUGCCGAAUUUUUAAAAAGUAGACUAUUUCUUGUGUGAAAGAAAUGUUUCAAGUAUGUGUACAGUAGCACCCUUUAAUAAACAUUUUCAAUGUUAAAGUUGUCAGUUGGCUUUUGUUUCAGAGGUUUAAUCAGAUGUUUUUCCCCGGAUAGUGGUUUUUAAUCUCAAUGGGGCUUUCCUGGUUAAAUAAAGGUUAAAUAAAAAAUAAAAGGCAUGAAAUGUCAAAUCCACACAAGCAGCUGAUGGUAAAGUAAAGUAAACUGAACUGAAAGAAGUUUAAGAGAUGGAACUGCUUCACUAGUUUGUGAAUUUAGAAGGAAAAACACAAGUCAAUCAUUGUAUGUUUUUGUUUGAGAUUUUUUUUACACGUUUGAUUACUACUGACUGCUAUUGCCCAGCAGAUGGUGCUCUUACUUCAUGACACUGAAGCAAGGUCCAUUUUUAUGCCUGCCAAAGUACUGUGUCCAAAGUUGGGUUUCUCAUUGUUGAAAUUCAUCAGUUUGAGUUUUGUUGUAUUGGCAUAAUUUUGAUAAACAAGGAUUAACGUUCUGUUAAGUAUCUCACUUACACUGUCUGUAUUUAGAAUAAAUGUAAACUUGUAGGUUUUUUUUAAGUAACAAAAAUAAAAAAAAGAAUAAAGUUGGGCUUUUUCCAUUA